GGGACUGGGACAGUUGGGGACACUGGGACAGGACUGGGGACACUGGGACAGGGACAUUGACAGCGCCACCAUGAGCCGCCCCCCCCUGCUGCUGCUGCUGCUGCUGCUGCUGCCGCCAGGAAUCCUGGCCGCCUCGUGGGCCGCGUGGAUGCCGCCGGCCGUGGCGGGGCUGGCGGGCUCCUGCGCCUCCAUCCCGUGCCGCUUCUCGUACCCCGAGGAGCUGCGGCCGGGCUCGGUGCAGGGGCUCUGGUACUUCGGCAGCCCCUACCCCAAAAAUUACCCGCCCGUGGUGGCGCGGUCCCGGCCCGGGGGCGUCCACGAGAGCUUCGAGGGCCGCGCGAGGCUCGUGGGGGACCCGGGGGUCCGGGACUGCUCGCUGGAGCUCGGACCCCCCCUCAGCGCCGAGCUCGGCGGCCGCUACUACUUCCGGGGGGACCUGGGGGGCUACAACCAGUACAGCUUCAGCGAGCACACCACGCUCCAGGUACUCGAGGCCCCGGUGCUGGAGGUGCCCCCCGAGGUGGUGGCGGGCGCCGUGGCCGAGCUGCGGUGCCGCGUUCCGGACUCGUGCCCGCGCCAGCGGCCGCGCCUGCGCUGGGAGGGGGCCCGGGAGCUUCCGGAAGUUUCCGAGCGCGAGUGGCGCGAGGACGCCGCCGGCGCCGCCUCCGUCGUGUCCCGGCUGCGCUUCCGCGCCCGGCGCGAGGACGGCGGCCGAAACCUGGGCUGCCAGGUGACCCUGCCCAACGCCAGCCUGGCCUUCAGCGCCGCCGUGGCGCUCGACGUGCAGUACGAGCCGCAGGUGCUGGAGGUCUCCGGCCCCCCCGAGGCCCUGGAGGGCUCCCCGGUGCACCUGGGCUGUUCCGCCGAGGGCCGCCCCCCCCCGCUGCUCACCUGGUUCCGGGGCCCGCAGGUGCUGCGGGAGGAGCCGGGGGCGGCGGCGCUGCCCCUGCACCUGGCGCAGGUGAGCCCGGCCGACAGCGGCACCUACACCUGCGUGGCCGAGAACCGGCACGGCCGCCACAACCGGAGCCUGGAGCUGCACGUGGCCUACGCUCCCAGGACCCCGGUGCUCAAUGGAACGUUCUGGGUGCUGGCCGGUGAGCAGGUGCGCCUCACCUGCUCCGCCCUGUCCCACCCGGCCCCGAUCCUGACCGUGGCUCGCGGGCGCCGCGUUGUGGCCGCGGCCGUGUACGAGCGCCAGGUGAGCCUGGAGCUGGCGGCGGCCGCGCCCGAGGACGGCGGGGAGUACCUGUGCCGGGCCGAGAACCAGCACGGGCACAGCAGCGCCGCCUUCAACCUCACCGUGGAGUACCCGCCGGUGGUGCUGCCCGAGUCGCGCUGCGCCCCCGUGGGCGAGGGCCUGGCCCGGUGCGUCUGCGCCGCCGCCGCCGUGCCCGCGCCCGCCCUGGCCUUCGAGCUGCCGGCGCUGAACGGCUCCGUGGCCGAGGGGCACCGCGACUUCGCCCUCACCUGGAGCGCGCCCGGCGCCGCCCGCGCCGCCCUCACCCUGCGCGGCACCGACCUGGAGCCGCGGCUGGCGGUGCUGUGCCACGCCCGCAACGGGCACGGCAGCGCCAGGGUGCAGCUGCGCUUCCACCACCCAGCCGGCCUGGUCUGGGCCAAGGUGGGUCCCGUGGGCGCCGUCGUCGCCUUCGCCGUCGUCAUCGCCCUCGUUUGUUACCUGAGCCAGAGCCGCCGCAAGAAGGCGUCGGGAAGCCCCGAGGUGACCCCGGUGACCCCGGCGGGGGGGCGGGACCCGGAGCCACGCCCACUGCGGGUGCGCUGGCUCCGGCGUUGGGCGCUGGGGGUGGGGGAGGGGCCAGGGUCGGCCCCGCCCCCCGAGGCGGCCCCGCCCCCUCCCAAACCCGCCCGGGGAUCCCCCGAGGAGCCCCCGGAGUACGCGGAGAUCCGCGUCAAGUGACCACGCCCACCGGACACGCCCACCGCCACAUGGACACGCCCACUUCACAAGGACACGCCCAUUUGGAGACGCCUAUCCCACCUGGACAC